UGAUGAAGUUGGAGCGCAGUACACCACCUUGUACCCAACAGUGAAGGAUGUGUAUCUAAAACUGCUCUCUCUGGGCCUGCGGGCGCUCGUCUACAACGGGGACACUGACAUGGCCUGCAACUUCCUGGGAGACCAGUGGUUUGUGGAAGACCUCGGCCUGCAAGCAACCACUAAGUACCAAACAUGGCUUCAUGAUGACCAGAUUGCUGGUUUCUACCAACAGUUUGGAAACAUCACUUUCCUGACGGUCAAGGGUGCAGGUCACAUGGUUCCCCAGUGGGCUCCAGGUCCAGCUUUCCACAUGUUCCAGUCUUUCAUAACAAAUGGCUUCUAUUGAGACUGCAGUAUGUAAAAUACCUGCACUCAUUUGUCACUUGUUAGAUGGUAUAUUUUUCUCAGGGAAGAUGAAGCGAAAGGACUAUUAGGGCACUUAUUCUUGUCGACUAUGUUGUUGUGUUCAGUAUUCGUAGAGGGACACAUUUGUUGUUUGCUUUGCUUUGCCAUCCCACUGGUUUUAAAAUUAAGCAAUUCUAUUGUUGACUUCCAGCUUUGAGGCAGCUUACAUCUGUAUUGGGCUAAUUGUGUAGGAAGUGCAACCCUUUUUUAAGGGUCUCUGAAUUUUUUGACACAUUAACAAAUGUGUAUUUAAAUAAUUAUUAGUAUUUGGUUACCAGCCAGCUUCACUUCUUGUUCAUUUUGGGGAUUUGUGCCUUCAGUCUGGUCUUCAUUAAGUGAAAAGCACCUGCUCAGUUCUGCUUAGCCCACUCAUUGAUGGUCUUGUUAGAUUGUCCAGAAACUAGGGGACUACAUAUGGAUGCAUAAAAGGGUACAAGUCCUUUACUAUUCACCCAGGCUGAAUGUUUAAAAAGUCAACGCUUAGACUUCAGUUUAAUGUCAUAUCUAAUGUGCUGAUUUAAAAGACAUGACAGAAGUUGUCCUUCUCCAGAUACGCUUUUUUUCUGUGGCAGUGAUGUCAAGCUGAAUCUUUGUGUUUUACAGUUUUCAUUGAAGUAAAUGAAGUGAUACAACUGAACUUAAAUGGCAUUGCUCAAACCGUGUUGUUCAAAACUGCAGCUCCACUUUUAUUUAUUUUUUUUAAAUAAAUGUUUUGAACUGCCAGUGA